CUGUCCCGCAAUGGAAGAGCAUGGAAACAAGGAGGGCGGAUCAGAAACCCCUCAGGGACGCGGUGCCCGGUCGAAUGAACGCUCCGGAGGUGACUUUAGCAAGCAGUCGUGAGGCGAGGGCAGGAAGCCAGCAUCUUCCGCCGGAGAGACCGCUGUGCCAGCGGCAAGCCGCGCCAAACGCCCCACGCCCCGCGCCUUGCGGCCGGGCCCGGUGUGCCUGCCGGAGCGGCCUCAGCGCCUGCGCGCAGCGAGGAGCCGAGCCCCUUAUCGCCAUGGAGAGCGCUGAGGCCGAACCGAGCGAGAGCCGCCCGGAGGAGGACGGCGCCGUGCCCACCAGCGACCUCCCGCUCCCGGAGCAGCCGGCAGCCACGAUGGAAGACUGUUUAGCAAAAAAAAUGGAAAUCACCGUUUCAGAAGCAGAAAAACGGACUGGGAGAAAUGCCAUGAACAUGCAAGAAACGUAUACUGCUUACCUCAUUGAGACAAGAGCUGUUGAGUCCCAGAAUGAGGGACAGUGCUCCCCAGUGGACUCCCUGUGGCGGCGUUACAGUGAAUUUGAAUUGUUGAGGAAUUAUUUGUCAGUUACUUAUCCACAUAUUGUUGUUCCACCUUUGCCAGAAAAAAGGGCUGACUUUGUUUGGCAUAAACUAUCAGCAGAUAAUAUGGAUCCAGAUUUUGUGGAAAGAAGAAGAAUUGGCUUGGAAAACUUCUUGUUACGUGUGGCUUCGCAUCCUGUUCUUUGCCAAGACAAAAUCUUUUAUUCAUUUUUGACACAGGAAGGUGGAUGGAAGGAAAUGGUGAAUGAGACUGGAUUUCAGUUAAAGGCAGAUUCCAGAUUAAAAGCUCUUAAUGCAACAUUCAGAGUGAAAAACCCAGACAAGAGAUUUACUGAACUAAAACACUAUAGCGAUGAACUGCAGUCUGUCAUAUCACACCUUCUGAGAGUCAGAGCUAGGGUGGCAGACCGGCUGUAUGGCGUCUACAAAGUUCACGGCAACUACGGAAGAGUAUUCAGUGAGUGGAGUGCCAUUGAAAAGGAGAUGGGGGAUGGGUUGCAGAGUGCUGGCCACCACAUGGAUGUAUACGCAGCUUCUAUCGAUGACAUACUGGAAGAAGAGGAACACUAUGCGGAUCAGCUGAAGGAGUAUCUCUUCUAUGCAGAAGCACUACGGGCAGUUUGCAGAAAACAUGAAUUAAUGCAGUAUGACUUGGAAAUGGCGGCACAGGACCUAACAUCUAAGAAGCAGCAGUGCGAGGAGCUGGCAACAGGAACUGUGAGAACAUUCUCUCUGAAAGGGAUGACGAGCAAGCUGUUUGGGCAGGAGUCCCCUGAGCAGAGGGAAGCCAAGAUAAAGGUUCUGGAAGAGCAGAUACAGGAAGGGGAAGAACAACUUAAGUCUAAAAAUCUGGAAGGCAGAGACUUUGUGAAAAGUGCCUGGGCAGACAUUGAACGAUUUAAAGAGCAGAAGAAUCACGAUUUGAAGGAGGCGCUUAUAAACUACGCUGUGAUGCAGAUUAGUAUGUGCAAAAAGGGAAUUCAAGUUUGGACAAAUGCAAAGGAAUGCUUCAGCAAGAUGUGAUCAUCUGGAAGUGGAUUCCUCCUCCAAGUGCCAGAGAAUGGAAGCACAAAUGUUUAACACCGAUGUUCAGUUGCUACAUGACUUACGUAUAAAUCAUGAAAUAAAUGAGUUGAGUGAAUAGUUUUUCUUUCUGCUGAUUGCAAUUGUUAAUAAAGGACAAAAAGGA